AUGCAGAUCGGCCAGGAGAUCUUGUUGGAGAUUCCUCUCACGGGGCCCAUCACGGUGGAGAUCACCAAGACAGAUGGGUUUUUGCCUGGCAAGUUGUUUUGGUUGGAAGUUGAUGGUGCAAUUCCCAAGGCCCAAGGCUAUGUGGAUGAGAUCCUGGGGACUCGGCUGGUCAUCGAGUUUACGGAUCAGAAGUGGCUCCACUUGAGGGAGUUCUCCGAGAAGAUGAAGGCGCGGGAAGAGCAGGCACAGCUGUUGGGUCUGCAGGAGCAAAAGGAAGCGGCAGAGCUGGGGAUGCAGAUGAAAUCGGUCUUGGGCUCUCAGGAGCUCAGUCAACAGUACCAAUACCUGGUGAAAAACACCCAGGUCAUGAGCAUGGAACAGUUCUUGGAAGCACAUGCCAAAGAAAUCGCCCAAAGCACCCCUCUUCCAGAAGCGCCUUCCAUGGACUUGGCCCCGUUGCGAGUGGUUGCCGCCGCCCAUCGCAGUCAAGAGUUUGGAGCCGCCAGAUCAAUCAGCGAGCAGGACCAGGCCGCAAUCUUCAAAGAACUUCCUGCAUUAAGUUCGCUCUUCAGUGCCACUGUGCCAUCCAUGAUGACCGAGGCCCAAUUCUGGGAACGGUGCUUGAAGAGCCGCUACUUCCUGAAUGCUGCAGGCAAUGAGGUGCCUUUGUCCCAUCCCGAAGACCGGCUUUUUGACUCCCUGCCUCCACCUGAAGCACCGACUCAGCCAGCCCUGGAGGCCUUGGCCUCUCACCCUGAGGCAGAUCUCACUGGAGAAUUUCAGCGCGACAAGGCCAUGGAGGCCAAGAAGGCCAAUGACAACCUCAUCCGCCGCUUGAACGACCGCAGCGCCGGUAUUCUGGCGGCUGCGAAGCAGGCGGAAAAGACCUCAUCGGACGCAGUCGAGGACGCUGGUGUGGCGGGGAGAGUUUUGGAGAGUCUUCAGCAGCGGCGUACACAGCUCAAGAAUGCAGCGGAGACUUUUCGAGAGGACCUAGCAGCUUCGGAGCCAGUGAAGGUUCCCAAAACUGCCAGACUGCAACUGAAGCCAGAGGCAGGUCGCAUGCCUGUGCUGAACAGUUUUCCACAAAAGCGGCCUGCUGACACCCCUGUGCUGACACCUCACAAAGCCUUAAAGGCCUGGAGGACUACGGGAAGUGGCUGCCAGAUUUCGGAACCCGGAACACGCUGGGUGCUCAAAUCUGCCACGGAGGAGCUUUUGAAAGCUGAACGGCUUGCUGCGAAGAUGGAUCAUGCAGAGGUCACAGCACCUGAGCCGGUCCAACAGGCGGUCACACUGCUGCAGCAUUUUUGGUCCAGCAGGUGCAGCGAGUCGGACUUGCGAUCCAAGCUUUGCGAGGAGGCUGCCCGGUUGCUGGGUGCGCUGAAGGACUUAGUCCCCAGCUUGGAAGGACUGGCGGACCGGGCGGAAGAACGAAAGGAUCCCGCUCAGCUGGCCCGUUUGGCCAUGGUGCGAGCUUUCUUAUGGUCAGUAUGCCGCUGCCUUCUUGCCGCGGAAGUUGGUGGAUUGUUGGAUGUGGUGGACUUUUUGGAUGAUUGGACCUUGGAUUUGGAGGAGGAUGUGUCCAACGUCAACGAGCCGCCAUCCACGCCACAGCCGGUGUCGCCACGGCCCAGCUGGAGCAACGAGCGACGGGUCUCCUUUGCGCGGCGCGCCUCCGUCACGGGUGGAGUCAAAUCACGCGCGGUGAAGCUCUUGGAGAAGUCCUUGGACCGCUCCAUGUUUACCGGCUCUCCGCCCAGCCCCAGUCCCGUCUGGAGCCCCAGUCCCGGUCCCGAGCAUCCGGAGGGUGAGACGGGCCGCAAGGGUGAGAGGAUGAGGAGGUUGGGAGGAGGUGAGACAACGGCACAGGAGGUGAGCUCACCCAUGGGCCCUGGGCAGAAGGAAGAAUUGACCAAGAACAGAGCCGUGGAGAGCAGCUCCAGCAGCUCGGAGGAUGAGACCGAGGUGCAAAAAGCUGAAGGGCAAGACAGUGCAGAUGAGCAAAGCAUCUACAGUGUCCAGGCAGACAGCUCAAGGCAGCCCGAAGAAGCGGCAGCAGACAAUCGGGCCGGCUACAUUGCUUCAGAAAGCAAGGCCGGCGGGGCAGAAGCCGUUGAAGCGGCCAAGAAGGUUGAUGAAGUAGAGGAUGCCGACUGUGUCACUGAAUGCUUGCAACCUGAAGCGCAGUUGCAACAAGCCGUGGAACUCUACGGUUGCAAGGGAGGCUCGGACAGCACCGUGCGCAGUUGGGUGCAGCGAUUGGCCAAGCGCUCGGGCCGGCGUGCGUUUUCUUCCAGCGUCGGCAGUGGAUGCGCGAUGGAGGAGAUGCAAAACACCCGGACGUCUGCUUUGACCUUCAGCCUGGACACGGCCACAUCAGCCUUGAACUUCAGCCUGGAGACAGCCAAUUUGUCCUGCACUGGAUGUUUGAUGAGUUUCCGGGCAGAUGACUCCUUGGCCGACCAGGGAGGCAGUCGACAAUACCUGGCACAGGUCUUGGAUUUGGAGCAGCUCGUGGAGCUGGGCCCCCGCGCCACCACGGCGCCAGCGAAGCUGAGGACCGCUUCCGGGGCACGGCUGCGUUUGAAGGCCACACUGUUCCGCGUGGUGGGUUCCGCGGAAAGGCCGCUCAUCCCCGGCAGUGGCCGCGAGCCGCGCCGCGGGCGGCGCCGCGGGCGGCCCCGCGGACCCCGCUGGGUGCGGCAAAGUGGGCUCCUGUGGGGCCAGCCGCAACAUCAAGAUUUGCUAAGUCGCGAUUGGCUUUCCACCCUGAAGGGGAAGUCCUGCCAUGAGUCCCAUCGCCGUGACUUCGGUGGACUGCAGCAGCUGGGGAGAUUGCGAAUGCAGGGGAAAUGGCAGGAGGCCUUGGAGCUUUGGCGCUUGGAAGGCAGACUUGAAGCGGCAGCUUGCUCAGAGGCCAGAGAUUGCCAGCCGGUGAUUGGAAUGAAUUCCAAGACCUUGCCCGACAGACACUCCUUCGACGGAAUGGGUUCCGAGGAGCUCAUCCUGACAGCCCCCGGUCGAAUGGUUCCUGCGAAACUCCGCCAGACGAGCGACAUCACACGAAGGGAGGAAGCCAUCAAGCUCCUUCUGGAGGUGGAAUUAUGGAGCCUCGGAGCCAGGCACCUUCGACCCAAUGCGGUGGCCUACAACGCGGCCCUGGGCGCCUGUGGACGCGCCUCCAGUGCUGAAAGUGCUUUGCAGCUGCUGAAGCGGAUGGAUCAGUUGCAGAUCCAGCGGACCAAGCGCACCUACGGAGCCGCCAUCGGUGCAUGCGGGCGCGGGUACCAGUGGGAAAGCGCACUAGGUGCCGACGACGUGGCGCAUGCGGGCACCGUGUCGGCGUGCGCCCGGGCAGUGGCCUGGCGCCAGGCUUUGGAGCUGCUGAGGCCAGAGGUCAGUGACUGGCUGGACGCCAUCGCCACACCGGCCUUCACGGUGGCCGUGGCCGCCUGCGACCGCGCCAGCUUGUGGCAGGAGGCUCCAAGCAUUGCUUGUUUCAACAGCGCUUUGAGCGCCUGCAGCCGCUGUAGUGAGUGGCAACAAGCACUUGAGGUUUGGCAUGGCACACCAAUGCCGAAUGACAUCGUCGCUUCCGGGCUGCUCAUCCGAUGCUGGGACCGAAUGGGCGAAUGGGCAUUGGGCUUGGAACUGUUUCAUCAGCAGGAAUCCUUGGGCGGUUCCUUGGGCACAGUGGCUUUCACCGCAGCGAUCUCCUGCUGUGCCAUGGCCCGUCAGUGGCAGCAGACCUUGGAACUCCUGGAGCGCAUGCGACACACCCAGGUGCCCAUGACGCGCAGCACACGGAACGCUGCUUUGUGGGGGCCCCAGAAAGAACGCGGAGAGGUACCUGGCUGCUUCUUGACCACCGCCAUGGGGCUUCUGGGCCGCUCGUGGGCGCUGCUUGUGGGGCUUGUUGGAGUUCGGGCAGAGUGGUACGACGGGAUUCCCAGCGUGCAAGUGUUUGGACCUGAGCAGCAGGAGGAGGCCGAAAGCUUCUUCCGAGAUCACUACCAGAAGUAUCGGCAGGCGGAGUUCUCCGCCGCUCGCCAGGCGGUGCUCCUGAAGCGAGGUGACUACAACUUCUCCUUCGAGGUGCCCUUCUACACCAGCGUGGCCGGUGUCGGCCUUGGCCCCAACGAGGUGACGGUCCGGUCCUUCCGCGUCCCGAGUCGACUGCCCUGGCAACAGGGUGGUGCUACGAAGACCUUUUGGCGCUCUGUCGAGGGUCUAAAUGCCAAGGAGACCUGCCUUUGGGCCACCUCCCAGGCAUGCCCCUUGCGGCGCAGCAUUAUCCACGGCGAUCUUCAACUCUCCGGCUUCCAUGAGGACGAGAAGACGCUGGGUCCCAGCAGUGGUGGUUUCAUGGCAGAUGUGGAUGUGAAAGGCACCGUGCCUCUGGGCACACAGCAGCAGUUCCUUUUCCGAAACAGUGAAUUUGGCCACGUGAACCUGAAGAAGAACACCAAUGCUUACAACACGGUCUAUGUGGGUGUGAAGGGCACGCCCGAGACGCAUGAAAUCAAUGCACCUCAAAUGGUCUCCUCGAUCCCGAAGACUGAACGUGUGGCGGAGAAGCCUUUCUUGGUGGAGGAGAUGGGACACUGGUUUGUCUCAGUGCCCAACCUCAAGCUGGACAGCGUCGGCAGCAGACAGUCCGCCUUCGCACCGCGCAUUUCCAUCGAGGAGAUGUAUGUGGCAAGAGCAGGCGACACCGCUUCAUCCAUCAACGUGGGGAUCCAGGGGAAGAAGGGUUUGUUGUUGACACCUGGUCUCUAUGAAGUUGGGGAGCCCAUCAUGGUGACCGAUCCGGGCUUCGUGAUCUUGGGCUUGGGUUUCCCCACCUUGGUCUCCAAGGGUGCCCUACCCGCGAUCAUGCAGAUGGCCGACGAUGCCCGUGUGGCCGGAAUUCUGUUGGAGGGUGGCGCAGAGGUUGACGAGAUUCCCCGCACGGACGCGCUCCUCUUGUGGUCGGGCCAUGGUGGAGUUGCUUCGGAUAUCUUCGCGCGUGUGGGCUCCUUCAAGUACGAGAACACCUUCCAUAAGCCUUGCACAGCCAAACGGGCCAACAUCUUUUUUGAAGUGGAAGGUGACGAUGUCGUAGUGGACCAUACAUGGUUGUGGCACGCGGACCAUGAUGACUGCACCUCUCGUUGGCCUGACAGUCUUUCCGCUGUGAGCUGCCAGAGUCAAAAUGCGCUGCUGGUCCGCGGCAAGCGCGUGAUCAUCUAUGGACUCCAGGCGGAGCACACUUUGGAAGACCAAGUGGUGUGGUAUGGCGAGGAGGGAAAAGUAUUCUUUUACCAGAACGAGCUUCCCUACAUCGACCCCUACUUUCGACUUCCAGGCUCCAACUUUGGAACUCGCUUCGUGAGCUACCGUGUGGCGGAGAACGUCCAAGCUCAUUCGGCCAUAGGACUUGGGUCCUACAUCAUCAGUAUCCAGGGCCAUUCCUACGUCAAGGAUGUGACUGCAUUCGCUGUUCCAGAGACGACAGAGCUUCACAAUGCGUUCAUUUGGCACAUCACCAGCAAAAACAGGACGCCAUAUUUCAAGAACUUUCUAUGCACUGCUUCUCACUGCCUGCCUUGCUCUCGAUCUCGCUGUGGAGACUACUCCAAGGAGUCAAACAUGGGCUUUGUUUGGGGUUUCAGCCAGCUGAACUAUGUAUGA